AUGUCCAUCGAAGUCGACUGGGCAAGGGCCACGUCCGGUCCGGACGGAGAAGCUCUAGCAGAGCGCAUCCGCUCCUUUGUCCAUGACAAGUUCCAACAGGUCCCCCUACCGCGCUUCAUCCGCUCCGUCCAAUGCCAUGCCUUCGAUUUCGGGACUAUCGGACCAGAUCUUGAGAUUAAGGAUUUUUGUGAACCGUUCUCUGACUUCUACGAAGAAGACGAUGACGACACAUCUGCAACCUCUGAAGAGCUCAUCGAUGAGCAAUGGUCCGGACGCAACUCGGACUCCACCUACGACGACGAUGUCCCGUAUAACCUCCACCACCAUCCUUACCCCGGCGAGGCUUUUCAACCCUCUGCACUUCGGUCUCCACUGCCCCUAGGGGACCAUCUCAACUCGCACUUCCUACCUCGCGCUGGCACCCCUGGUAUUCCCGGAGGCACAUCGACUCUCGGGUACCAUUUGAUGUCCCUCGGUGGUCUCUCGGGCACCCAGACUCCCCUCGCGGCUGUAGCUGGCGGGACACCGUUCGGCAGCAGCUGGUCAGACUCGGGCAUGGGCCAAGGUGGCCAGCCACGCCGUCCCCCCGCCCUAGUGGCCUUCAUCACCGAACAGACGCAGACAUCGACACCACGAACUCCGCGUCACGGCCCUGGCCAUACCGGCAGCGGCGGAUCAAAUCGCAACAGCGGUGAUCCCGCAGACAUACCGCAGCCAUCCACAGAACCCGCCAUCGACCCCUCCGCCCCAAUCCCGCCUCGAAUGCGCGAGCGUCGCCCGGAAGAUUUCCAGAUCCUCUGCCACGCCAAAUAUGCCGGCGAUGUCCGGUUAUCAUUGACAGCUGAGAUCUUGCUCGACUACCCGAUGCCGAGCUUCGUCGGUCUCCCGCUGAAACUCAAUGUCACAGGCAUUACCUUUGACGGCGUGGCGGUGGUUGCGUAUAUCCGUAAACGCAUCCACUUCUGUUUCUUAUCUCCCGAAGAUGCCGAUGCGCUGCUCGGCUCUGAAGGGCAGCAUCAGAGCAGUCAGCAGCCUGGUGAGGAUGGCCGACCUCGAUCAGGAGGAGACCAAAAGCGACAGGGUGGAUUGCUGCAGGAGAUUCGAGUAGACAGCGAGAUUGGCCGUAAAGAAGACGGUAAACAAGUACUUAAGAAUGUGGGCAAGGUGGAGCGCUUUGUUCUCGCGCAAGUUCGUCGCAUCUUUGAGGAAGAGCUGGUAUACCCCAGCUUCUGGACAUUCCUCAUUUGA